AUGGUUCCCCCGUCUUUGCACGUUCUCCUCGAAAGUGUCGCUGCUUUGCAUUCCAAGACGGCGUCCGUCUCAGCUGCGUCAUCUAUCGUAGCUUCUCUCAGCCGAGGUGUGGCGAAAAUGACGGUGCACGUUUUUCCUCGGACGUUUGCAGCAAUGCUUACUGCACCACCGAGGGAGCGGAAGGCACCGGCAGGUGAGACUGUCACCCCGCUGCCUUCAAGCGGGUUGCCUCGAGAGCACGUCGCGUCCAGUACGGCCUCAAGUGCCGCCUCACAACCCGCUCUCUUGUCCUAUGCCACCGCUUCAGAUGCUGCACAGACGCCCGCUGCUGUGGCCAGUGCUCCUACAACGCAGCUACGGCGGCGACGUAGGACGCUGUCAUGUUGGUCUCUUCUGCAAUCACCCCUGCAGGAUUCCCCACGUCCUGGGUUCCUCUCGGAAACGCGCAGUGCUAUCACGGCUCCGGCGGCGCUGAUGUCAUCGGAGGCAGCAGCUGCUCCGCAGAUCUCAACGGCGAGUCAUAUUCCCUUACCAGUCUUUUCCGUCUACGAGCCGACUCACGUAGACAGCACCAGGGCGCCUCGUACGCACACCAGCGGCUGCCCCUCAGUGUGCCAUCGACUGACAUCUCCAUCCUCUCCCUCGCACCUGGAGCUGCUGGCCUGGUGCGGGUGCUGUACUCCAUCGCUGACGCCGAGCACUACGUACCACAGCGUGUUUUUUCUGUGGGGACGGAACGCUGGCACAAUCGGUAGUUGUUCUCGCUCUCAAGUACGCCGCAACUCUACUGGGUUCACAUCCGGGCAACCGCGCGACAACCGCACUUUUUGCCUGUCACUAUCGGCCCGUCAUCGUCGAUAUUUCUCGUACCCGCCGACUCACCGCACUCGUCACGUCGGCGCCGCCGAUGCGCCUGCAAUUCUGCCGCUUUUGCCAGUGAUUGCAAAUCCAUACGCCUUUCUCCAGCAUUCGGUGCAGAUGUCUCCACCUUGUAGCAGCACCGAAAGUGGUACCGGCGCGGACAAAGUUGCGACGUAUGUGUUUAUUACCGUCACUGAGGAAUUCGUCGUCAUGGUGCCUGCCGCGCGCUUCAUGCAGUGCAUGGAGGAAGCGAGCCUCCUGCAGCAAGACAGACCUCCCGGCGGCAGCGCUGGUGUGGAGCAUUGCUGUUCUGGCGCUGCCUUGAUGUAUGUCGGGGUGCGCCGCUUCGAGCAGGCCCAACACUUCUUUGACAAGGACCACUGCAGAGGAAUGUGA